CAGUUCAACAGUGCAGCUACAAAGAACACACCAUUUGUAUUUCUACACUAUGCUUCUCUCUACACGUUUAUACACCCUCUAUGUUCAUCCUAUUGUCGUUCAUGGUAUGUUGUAUUAGAAGGUUAGGUUUAUGAGGUAACGCGCCAAAUGCUCUUUGACCGACAUACGAAGUUUUCAUCGUAAACAGACGAAACUGACGUUUAGUUUAUAUCAGUUUUUUUUAUAUUUUGACAAUAUUCGAUACACAAAUAAGUUAAAGGAUAUUGUGCUUUGUGUUAACAAGUAAGAAAAACCUUCGUCCUGCUGUCAGUUACACAUAAAAUAUGGUCCGGCGGAAACCUAUACCAAGGUCACACCGUUCACAUUUUGAUGCUUCUCCAGAAGGAAAGCGAAACAAAAAAAGUUCGAUAAUACAUAAAAAGAAGAGACUGCCGGUACUAAAAGAGAUUAAACAUCUGAGGAGAACUACUCACUUGCUGAUUCCUAGACUACCCUUUGCACGUUUAGUUAGAGAAAUUAUCCUCGAGAUAUUCCCCAGACAAGGUAUUAACAGUUUAUCCCAUAGGAAAACAAAAUUGACUACAAGCAUCCGCUCUCGAAGCCCUUCAAGAGGCUACGGAGAUGUACAUCGUACAAUUCUUCGAAGACGCAGAGCUGCUAACGUUACACGCGAAACGCGUGACUCUGACGCGAAACGACAUGAUUCUAACACGUAGGUUGCGCGGUCGUAACGACAUCAUCAACCGAUAAAAUCUCAUUGUUACGUUUCGAUGUCAAUAUUUCUAAAUCAUUCUUGUGGAAAGACUCAAAAGUGAACCAGAUGAAUGCCAGGGAUGAAUGCCGAAAGGAGAGUAGAAACAAAUAGUCCUGAUAGCACACACAAGUUCUCCUUGGGACGUCCUAAGGACAUUCCUGAGGAUAAAGAAACAUCCUCUGGACGUCCUCUGGAGAUCUGUGCUAUUAGAGAAGUUUAUCGUCACUUGCGCACACAAUUCUCGCGCAAACAGUAAAGAAGAAGAAAGAACGAUUGAUUUAUUAAAUAGAGAACUGUUCAACGAUAUCGUUGAGACAAGGAAUCAAACUUUUACGUUUUCGUACACAAUUUUCCUGACGUUUCCAAUGGUCUGAGACAAGGACGACAAAGCUGAUGUAAAUUUAGCGAAUUUCAUCUACAAUGUUAUAAAUAUUAUAUAGCGAAAGAGGGAUUGAUAUUGCACAGGAAUAAAUGUCAUUAUUUCGUGCUGAUGAUGUACAAAUAUAAACUCGCUCAUAUUGUGUUGGUAUUAAUCCUUACUUAUAAAAAAAAAAUAAAUAAAAAGAAAAUAAAAAAAAAGUAAGGAGCGUUAUGAGACUCAGCGACACGUAAUAAACGUUUUCGUUGUCCUUUUACAAGAUAACAAUA